UAUCACGAUGACAGUGGCCGAUUGGAUAAAUAAGAGAAUAUUUUUUUUGGGUUAGCUGUAUUCUCCAACGGCCAUGGCUUCAAUAAGGUCCUUACAAAGAUUUAAAUUAGAUAAUCCUCACGAUUCUUGGACGCCCGCCACAAACCGACCAAAGUUGGAAGCAAUUUUACCAGUGUCCAUAUCAAGAAGGUCUGCAAUACUGAUUUCUUUGCUGCCUUUAAGCCUAUCAGCACUCCCCCAACCAUUACUGGCUAGAGAGAGGCGCAGAAAAAACGCCAUUCCACUUGAAGAAUAUAUGACUGGCCCAGCUGAAGGGCUUAAAUAUUAUGAUAUCUUUGAAGGGAAAGGUCCUGUAGCUGAAAAGGGAUCAACCGUGCAGGUGCAUUUUGACUGCGUGUAUCGUGGUAUUACAGCAGUGUCUAGUCGAGAAUCUAAGCUCUUGGCUGGAAAUCGCAUAAUUGCACAGCCCUACGAAUUCCAAGUUGGAGCCCUACCUGGGAAAGAGCGGAAGCGAGAGUUUGUGGACAACCCAAAUGGCCUGUUCUCUGCACAGGCUGCACCCAAACCUCCAAAAGCAAUGUAUACGAUAACUGAAGGGAUGAAAGUUGGGGGAAAGAGAACUGUUAUCAUUCCUCCAGAGGCUGGGUAUGGUUCAAAAGGAAUGAAUGAGAUUCCGCCAGGGGAAACGUUUGAACUGAAUAUUGAGCUUCUGAAAGUAAAACCACCAGAAAGGAAGUGAUAUACAUUUAGAUUAAUGAAUUAAUGUACAUUGGAGUUUCUACUUUUUGUUCAUCGAGGCAGAAAAUGUUAUGUUUUUGCCAAAUUGUGAUGCGAAAGGAGACCCUUUUUGGACAAGAAAUUUGGAUCUUCCACCAUUUUUUGCUACUCCUGUGUACUGAUUCAUAACUGUUUGGAUAGUUUCUGUAAUAAGUUGAAGGGACAAGUUUCCAUAGUUACCUGUAUCAGUAAACAGUACGUUUUGCUUAAAUUUUGUAUCAUAUAUACUACGGCCAUGUUUGAUAUGGAAUAUUUUCCAUGGAAGUAGGAAAUUUUUUUAGAUUUUUC